GCAGCGCUCCCUCCCUCCCUCCCCUUGUGCCCGAGAUGAGGAGGCUGCGAGGCCGGUGAGGAACAAGGCCCAGAGCGAGGCCUCCCUUCGGCCCCUCUGCCCCGGAGGAGAAAUGCAAUGCUCUCUUUGGAUGCAAAUGUAUGAGGAAUGUGUUUUUCACAGAUCAUAACAUUUCUUCUACUGAGACAGAGUUCACUUAUAAAACAGUACCUAAAUGGCAGCACAGAAAAGAAAAUCUGUGCAAGUCGAACCCCCUGCUAAGCGGCAGAAACUGGAUAAGAAUAAUAAAUUGGUAACAAGUAGAAAAGAAAGAAAACCAGCUAAUGCCAAACAUACAUCUGAUAAAAAUAUGGUGCUGAAGAAAAGAAUGCGUAAAACUGCCACCAAAACUGACAGGUCAUCUGUCGAUAAAAGUAGAUCUUCUAUACUACCUUCCCAAAAUAAACAAGCACAGAAGCACUCUAAGCAGACUUUAAAUGAAUUAAAAAAGAAAACUGUUAAAACAGUAUGUGUGAAAAGAACAUCCCUAAAACCUUUGAGUAAAUUACCUCCUACAAAAACAACCCAGAAAUCUUCCAAAGUAAGCCAUACUCACCCUCUGAACUCUGCAAAGUCCUCGUCUAAGAUUUGUUCUAAAGGGAAGGGAAAACUCAGUGUUGUCAAAAAGAAGACUUCCUGUGAAAGCAGGAAGCAAAGAAAGUCCUCUGCAGAUACAAAAAAGAGUUUUACUGAAACUAUGCAUCAUAGAGGUUCAGUGUUGCCCAUUAAAGCUGCUCACAAGAACCAGGGUUCUAAAACAAAAGUGAUGAAAGAAAAUUCCAAACAGGAGAGAACGAAUAAGACUGGUAAACUUCUUAAAAGUAGCAGUGUUGACUUAGAGGCUCAGAAAUCCAAAAAUCCUCCUGCAAACCCCCCCACUUUUCAAAACUCUGAACCAGCACGGACUAAAACAUUUGGUAACAAAAACCCUUGUGAGUCUAACCAGGGAAGAACUACAAGGUCAGUGGGUACCAAUUCUGACAAAAGCCCUACUAGAGCUGGUCAAGAUCAGUUGCAUGUCACAAAAGCUAAGGAAGGGUCUCAGAAGGAGGUGGUGCAGGAUCUUCAUAGGUUACAACAUGGUGUGUCAUGUGAUGAAUAUCAGACUAGAAGAUCACAAAGACUGCAGCAGUCAUUUAAUGUGCGAUCAUUGCGUAGUGGAAAAAAUAAAGGACGUGUUUCUGUUAAGAAGCAGUGCACACAAAUGAAAAAACAAGUCCCGCAUGUUAAAAAAGAAAAACCAAAGCCUCUCCAACAGAAAAUGGAACAAAAGCUUUUGGAAAAUGAUGAAUGUAAGAACAGAGGAAGUGAAGCAUUAGAGAAAAUGGAUUCUAUGAAAGAGAAAAAAUCUGAAGUAGAUUCUAAAAUAAGUGAUUUAACUACAUCUCAAGAUAAGCAAGAAGAAUCAAGAAAUCUUGACAGUAAUCUUGAAAACUCUAGAAAUAAAUCUGUCAACACAGUUCCUAGCUCUGUAGCAUCUUCUUGUAGUGUAAAAAGGAAAGUAAAAGAGGUUGUGCACAAAAAUGGAAAAAUCAGUGUAAAAACCAAGAGAGUGCUGCCAGCACCUUCAAAUCCAAAACCUGUUUGUGAACCAGAGGAUGCAAUGAAAACCAAAAAGUUUAGCAUUCUUGAGCUGUGUGAGGAAAUUGCAGGUGAGAUUGAAUCAGACACAGUGGAGGUAAAAAGAGACUCUCCUGAGUAUGGAAAAGAGAAACAAAAAGAGAAAGUAGAGGAGUUGCCACAGAUUGCAGUAUGUGCUGAAAAAGAAACUAAUCAGAACUCUCCAUGUAAACGAUUUUUCCCCAGCAAAAAAGGAGUGCCUGUCAAAUGUACUGUGAAUGGCAGACAUAACACUGCAAACAAAAACUCUAAAUGGACUAAAAUAAAGUUUAAAAAGGUUAAUCACGUGAGCCAAAGCAUCUCACAUUCUCAGAGUACACCCACCCUUGGUAUUUUAAAGCAUAGCAUGCCUGUAGGAGAACAAGGAAGAACGGCAGAAAUACACCUUCCAGAAGAAGGCCAAAGAAAAUUGAUACAGUCACAAAAUAACAGUAACACAACAAAUGAUUUGAAGAAGUUGAAUACAGCUUCUCCUGAAGGAGGCCAGAAUAAAGUUAAGAUGUCACAUGCUCAACUGCUUGUACAGGAUAUAAAAAACGGAUUAUUUGAAGCGACACAUUGUCCUGAACCAAUACCAGAUAAGAACUUCAACUUACAUUUGGAGUCAAGUCCAGAAAAUACGCCAGUGAAAACAAUUGUCACACAAUCGUCAGCAAAUCAAGUAAUAAAAGAUUCUGCAGAAAUCAAAUCUCAAGAUUCAGCUCCCAAACAAUUGGUUCGAACACUGUUCACAAGUAAAACUUUGGAGACAAAUGAGAGCAGGUACAAAUAUUUAGUUGAAUUCGGGUAUAGAGUUAUUGAAGAAAAGAUUCCAGAGGUUAGUACAGAAAAUGAGAAAGUCACCUUUGAAAGACAAAAGGCUUGGUGCUGCUCAACAUCCCCAGAGCCUGCUCUCUGUGGCAUUAGUCGUAUCUGGGUGUUUAGCAUGAUGCGACGGAAGAAAAUAGCUUCUCGGAUGUUAGAAUGCUUGAGGAGCAACUUCAUAUAUGGCUCAUACUUGAGCAAGGAAGAAAUCGCUUUUUCUGAUCCUACCCCUGAUGGGAAGCUGUUUGCAACACGAUACUUUGGUACUAGUCAGUUCCUGGUAUAUAAUUUUCUCAGUGGACAACAACCUGUUUAAAGUGGAACUUGUUAAAAUUUGUUGCCUGGCUAUGGAUGUUGACCAAGAGAAUGAAACACUUAUUAGCAGUGAACUCAGGAGUAGUAACAACCAAAAGGUGGUUGCUAUAUUUUAUUAAAACAGUAAACAGUGCAGAGGUAGGAUGGGUUUUUUAAAGUUAUUUUUAUAAAAAUUGUAUGUAUUAUCUAUAGUAACUUAGUCAUGUUUACAUGCAGCGUAUAAUUGUUCAUAGUGGACUGUCAACUAGUGCAAGAACUGUGGUCGCCUUUUAAGUACAUUUUGAAGUUCACAGUAUAGUAAUACACCAGAGCAGUGAAAGUGUGCUCUUGAGUAAAGGCUUAUCAUGUUGGUAUAGAAGCAAAGGCACUGCAUCCUCAAGAAAUUAUUCCUAAUAUCAGAAACGGUCCAUGACAUGACACAUUGUUUCAUUGUGUAUGGAAUGGAUUUUAAAAAACAACAACAACCCAGGAAUGUCAGACUAGCCUCCAAAGAGGAAGAAUGGUCUCAGCUUGUUCAAUAGGAUAUUGGAGUGGGCCCUUGGUAUCCUCUGGAAUGUGGUUCCAGGACCCCCUGUGAAUACCAAAAUCCAGGGAUGCUCAAGUCCCAUUAUUUACAAUAAUGUAGUAAAAUAGUGUCGUUUGUAUCUAAUGGCAAAAAUCAAGGUUUGCUUUUUGGAUUUUUCUUUUUCUUUUCUUUCUUUCUUUUUUUUUUUACAAAAUCAUUUUCAAGCCAUGGAUGGUGAAAUCUGUGAAUGCAGAAUCUGGGGAUACAGAUGGCCAACUGUACCUUCAUCUGUGGACUUCACUUUGUCACUUUAAACCUCUCCAGUUUCAGAGGGGGGAUAUGUUGAAAUAACUACUGUGGCCUUUCUUGACCUGUAUAUAAUGUAGAUUAAAACUAAACUAUUUGAUAAUUUUUGAAUAAUGUACUAAUGAUAAAUGCGUUUAAGAAGUUACUUUGAUAUGGUUGAAUAUUAAAAACUAAUUGAAACAGUC